AUGCCAUCCGAAUCGCACAUUCAAGGAAAAUCUAAGCGGCAUAAAAAGAGAAAAUCUCGAACUGAAGUCUCUACCGACGAUAGCGAAAGUGAAUUAGAAACCGUAAACCACAUUGCUAAAGACCAAAAUGAUGAAAAAUCCAACUUGGCCAUCGAGAAUCAUGCGACAGAUACCGAAGUCUCUUCUACCUUCGCAAAAAUUUUUAUGACCAAGGUGGCUGAAGAACUCUCAGAUGAUCUCGAUGAGCUUCGAAAAGCUGAUGACUUUAAAGACGAUGCGCUGCCUAUACUGAUAAACGCCCUUCAACAGGGGACCUCUCUAUUCUCAAGGGAUGAACAGCGUCGGAUUGUGCUGGCGGAAUCUAACAAGUAA